GUAUAGAGUUUAGUUUACAAUAUUUAAAGACCGAAAAAUAAGACUUUCCAUUGGACGAACAGAAACCAAUCCAUGAAGCAUUUGGAGAAGGCAACGCAAAGGACCUACAACAACAUAACCUGUAUUGCAGUCGUGUGACAGGUGACAGUUUGACGUUCUUUGAUUACAGUAAACAAAUGUUUCUGACACGGAAACAUUGUUGACAUAAAUAUCAAAUUAUUCAGUGGAACAAGUGCUCAAUAAUAAUAUUGCUUAUUUAGUUCAAUAAAAAGUCCGACAAAUAAUGGCGACUGUAACGAAUUUCACUGCCAGCGAAGCGAAAGUCGUGUUGAAUGAAGUUCUUGCCGCACUGACAACGCCAGAAAAUGUGCAAAAAAUAGCAGAGGCCAAAGAGAAUUCGGGAAAUGAAAUGAUGAAAAUGAUGCAAUUUGUUUUUCCGAUAAUCACGCAGAUUCAGAUGGAUGUUAUAAAGAAUUAUGGGUUUUCGGAAGGGCGAGAAGGGAUAAUUCAAUUCGCCAAAUACAUAAGAAAUUUGGAGAGAGACGAUCCAGAAAUAGCUCAACUGAACAGCCAAGUGCGUGCGUACUUUCUUCCUCCCGUGCCGAGGAGUCCAUUGGCAGAGGCGUCAUUAUGAACUAUUCGUCAACAAUUGAUAGUUCCUUAGUAAUGCAACGCUGUGAAUUGUAGUGUGGCUUUUUGUUCUCUUCGUUGGCCGUAUCAUCGCGGUCAGGCUACGAUAGAAAUGGAUUCGCCGUCGUUGGUGUGUUCGCUGACCAAGGAUCCUGUCGUAUUUGAUUAAUGGUAGGACGAGGCGGUGGCGUCGCCGUCGCAAAUGGAUUCGCCGAAUACGGUACGGCAGCUGAAACAUUGUAUUUUCCAUUGAAAUAUUAAUCAAUCGUUCUUUUUCUUACAGUCAAAAAAUAGAAGAUUUAGCCUAAUGAUAAUAUUCAAUCAGAUUAUUCUACUUUUGGAUUGCUAUUAAAAUAUUCAAUCAAUUUUCUUCUUAUAAGUUGCAUGAAAUUUGUUUUGUUCAGUUAUGCUAAUAGCUCACGCGUUUCGUUUUUCCCUUUUUGUCAACAAGCCAUAUAAUAAGUUUGUAAAAACGAAUGGAGACGAUAUUUCAUAACAAAAAAUGACAUUUUUGGGUGAUCCAAAAUCACCCAUGUAAUUAUUUUUUUGUGUCUCGUUUAAUAGUUCGACUAUCUACUAUUUACUCAUGCUCUUAAGGAACAUAAAUUGAAAAUAAAAAUCAUUGCGUCAAUCUUCAUCCACGAUCCUCGUAUAUUUUGAAUUUCAGUGUUCGCGCAAUGGUCGAAGUCGCGAGUUGUGAUUUUAUUUUUUAACACCGUCAGAUGGUUCUCGCUUUAUUUUUUGAUCAAUUUUAUUCUCGCUUUGAAAAUCGUGAACGAUGUUGCUCGAUCCAUUGAUUAUGUCGUUGCUCUGAGAUGUUCUUUUUGACUCGUACUGUGUUAUAUGAUUUUUUUUUUCAUUGAUUAACAAUGAGUAUUUUCGUUUUUGAGUAUUUUCUGACUUGAAGUUCCCAAGGAAAGAGUUGAUGGCAAAACUGUCGUCAUGCAAGUACACAUGUGCACAAAAAUUGCAUCUACAAAACUAUGAACGCUUUUCGAACAACUGAUUAACUUUUGAUAGUUCAUUAUUAUUUAUAAACCACUCUUAUCAGAACACGCAUGCUUUCAAGUUUUUUUUUCUUUUACCAUGCAUCAAUCCUUUUGUUUGUAAAUGAAGAUACUCACGAAAUUACUUCCAAUGAAACGCUAUUUUGCGGACACAAAAUUUUCGAUUGCGUUAAGAUGUUCUCGAACGUCGAUCAAAAAAUAAAGAAAAAACAGUGGGUUUUGGGCGCGAGUCGCAAUGCGAUUCUUCCACACAACGAAAUCAUCGUACUCGCGAGAAUUCACAAUUUGUCAUUUCGGAACGAUGUUUGGGUUUCACAAUGAAUAUUCGCUCUUUGAUACUUACCAGCAGGAGGAGCUGGGGCUGCUGGCUUGAUCGCUGUUGCACUCACAAGAUUAUCCAAAUUUACGAGAGCUGAAUUCUCUCCGAGGAACGAUUGCGGUGUUUUCUUAACGGCUCCCGUGCUUGCGGGCAAAUUGUCGCUCAAUCCAGCAAAAUCGAACGGAUCCGGGGACAUUGUACCUCCUAGAAUGAUCAAAUAAAAACUAUUUAAAUUCUUCGAAUA